AUGUUAUACCUCUUCCUCUCCCUCUUGGUAGGGUUGAUGACGAUUGAAGCUGGCAUGGUAAACGUAUGUAGCGAUUUGAAAUCUUGCGAAGAGUGUACACAAUCAUACGUUCAUAUCUUCUCUUUCCGCGAGCAUUGCAGGUAAGGACUUAAUUGACCAAACUCAUGCAUAAUUUUCUUUUAAAUAUUAUGCUACCUUAUAUUACAAGUACUCAAAAAAAAUUGUUUUCUUGAAAUACAGAUGGUGUUAUCAAACAUCAACUUGCGGUGGGCCUAUUGCUUGUCCAACUGGUUCAGCGACCGCUCAACGGGAUUCCUUCAAAUGCCCAACCAAGGCAGAAACAGCCAAAGGAAGGAGAUACACCGAUAAGCUGGGAAGAAGUCUGUAUUCGCUGAAUUUGGCUGUAAAACGGAAGGAGAAUGUCACUGAGUGCAUAAAGAGCGUUCGCCCUGACGUUAAGUAAGUCUAGAUGCUGUUGAAUCAAUUUGUUUGGACUUUAACGACUAGAUAGAUAUUUGCUGAUUAAAAUAAAUAAAAUCUUUUUAGGAUUCACAAAUACUACGAGAUUGAAUGUGAUCAAGUCCACUCAACUUGUGCUGGCAUGCUUGCUAUUUCUGAGGAAGCCAAGGCCCUCUACGUUGUCUACAAGAGCAGUGCCAUCGAUAAGCAACUCUUCCAAGUGAGUUUUAGACCAAAUUUUAUAUUACACUUGACAUCAAACGACUCAAAUCAUCAAAGAUGCGCCUAACCCUCCCGUCAUCAUUCUAAUCGUUCCAGGAAAUUGUCCACGGCGUUGCAGCGCAACUUGGAGCCUGGGAAAAAUUCGUAAACGGCUCGGGAGUUAUGACUUAUUUCCACGGAGCCUUCAAAAAGCUCUUCCUGGAGGCUGGAAUGAAGGACGAUUUGAUUAAAUUGAAGGAACAACACAAAGAUUACAGAGUUUGGGUCACCGGACAUUCAUUGGGAGGAUCGCUGGCCUCAAUGACAGCUUUAUAUCUGGUGAAUCAGACCAUGUUCCCAGCCGAAAAAGUGAAACUGGUGACUUUCGGAGAGCCAAGAACUGGAAACUAUUUGUUUGCCAAAGCAAUCGAGAGAAAUUUGAACUUCAGAUACCGAGUCGUUCACCGAAAUGAUGCUGUAAGUAUUAGCAUAUUUUUUAGUUAUAUUUCCUACACAAAGCAGGGGUUAAGACGGAAUUUUCCGAACUUUCCAAAACUUUUUUUUAGGUGAGCAACAUCCCAGCUUCCAUGGAUCCCGAUAAUCUUCUCCUGAGUGUCGCUGCAGCCGAGAGACAGCCCUAUUUCUAUCGUUUUGCCGUUCAUUAUGACAAUGAAAUGGAACGGGAUGACACCUUCGACAUGUGUGAACUUCCGGAAGAUCAUCACUGCCGCAACUUGGCAAUGGCUGCUGAUAUCAAUGAUCAUAUGACCUACUUCAACGUGAAACCCGAUGAUUUCUUCAAAGCUGGAUGCCCCAGAAGCAUGAUAUUGUAA